AUGACGGGCCUGAAGGCCGGUGCCGAGGCUACUGUUGUGUUUUUCCUUCUUCCGAGACCGCCCGCCGCUGCGCUGCCGAGCCUCCUACCGCCGCUCCUUCGCUAUUGGAUCGCCACCUCUUUCCUCUACUUCUUGCUGUUGGCAUUGCUUCGUUCCACGGUGGUCUCCGCUCAUCCUCCUCAUCCCUUCUCCUCUCUAGUUCGUUGUUGCAACGCCGCCUUUAGCCGCUGUUGUGGUCGUGAGGGCUGCCGCUGCCGUCGUCAUGCACCACCAAGUGGUGGUUGCGUCCAGAUUUCCAAGCAAGUGUAUACCAGUAUCGUUGCUGUUUGA